AUGUUUCAGAACAAAGGCAAUUUGAACACUGAUCUUUGCUUUUUGAUAUGGGUGAUAUAUUUCUUUUCCUCCCAAAACCCAUCACUCGCCGUUUCAGCUCACUCAGCGAAAGAAUUUCGAAGGCAAUACUCAGUACUGGAAGAAAUUGGCCGCGGCGGUUUCGGUAUCGUCUAUCGAGCCGUUCGAAUAGCUGACGGCCUUCCAGUGGCUGUGAAGUUCGUCGAACACCGACACGUUCGCGAAUGGACUCUGACAGGCAGCCAACUGAUUCCCUCGGAGGUAUGUCAUCUAGAAACGUGUAGUGAUGUACCCGGUGUCAUUCGGUUGAUUGAUUGGUUUGCUAAUUCAAAAGGCUUUCUGAUAGUUAUGGAGCGACCAGAGAACUGCAUGGACAUCUUCGAUCUGAUCUCAACGUAUGGUAAACUAGACGAAGGUGGUUACAAUGAUGAUGACAUUAAGUGA